AGCAUUUCAUCUCAGCCCGUCAAACAUAUGUGUACCCUGCCUUCGGUCGACAUCCAUCCAUCUACCCUUGCACGCCAGCUCUGCCUAUCGUGAGCGGUAUGUGCUCUUGGAGGUUCCAGAGAUUACGCGUUUCGGCCCGCGAGACCAGCGACCACUUUGAGUCCACGCGGGCAUGCUGCCCAUGAAGACCAGGCCGAGACGGCACGGAGGGUGACCGCGAGGCGGUUCGUGGGAGCGGAUCGUGACGUCUUAUCGGUUCCAUAGCUCAGCAGUCCGAUUUGCAGGAUCGCCCGGUCCCACGAGCGCACGAGCUCGCGGUCUCUUGCGAGGGCGGUGUCAUCCGCCGCCCGUCGUAUCGACUCGUCGGCGCAGUCCAGCCAGUGCAUGACGCCAUGCGGUUGUUGCAAGCUCUCGACGCAGCGGAGCUCCUGGACGCUACAUCGUUUCACAUACUCAGUGCUGGGGCGGAAGACCGCGGGGGAGAGCAGGCGCUACAAGCUCAAGCCGCCAGCAGACCACCAUGGCACGAAGACGAGCAUCGAUAAGGUGGUGCUCGCCGUGGAGGUGCCCGCGGGCAUCAUCGACGGCGCCCUGUGCGCCCUCUGGCUCAAGGCGAUCCUGGACAACGCGUGGUACCGCCUUCCCACCCAGCUGACCGUCAGUGCGCUGCACGCCUUCGGAACAGUCAUCUUCUGGGCGGACGAGCUCGUGCCAGGGUACAUGAACUGGUUCAAGGGCAAGGGGUGGAAGUGGACGCACACCGAUGGGCCAAAGAGUAUUCAUUGGUGGUGGGCCUUCGUUGGCAGCAAUGCCGUCUGGGUGGUCGAGACAGCAGAUCAAUUCCAACACUUGCGUUUUCGUUUGGGGCAUCGGGACCAAGGUUCUCCAACACGAAGGGGGGAGAGCGGGUGCCGAUGCUGUACUGCAAGAGCGCGCUCGACGGCAUGAGGCCUGCGCUGAUGAAGGCCUGAGAGCGGCGACGCUGGCGCCCCAGGGUCGCCUGUGGGCCGCGGCUGGUCGUUGUGGCCUCCGUCGUCACCGCCUUUGUCGUCUCCGCCUGUCGCCGUCGUCGCCGUCGCCGCCGCUGUCAUCGAGGCCGUUGCCGCUGUCGCCGUCGCCGGCAUCGACGCUAGCGUCGCCGCCUGUCGCCGUCGUUUUCGCCGUCGCCGCAUUGCGUAAGGUCAGGAUGCAGCCUUUUAAUAUUAGUAUUGGUGCCAAGCUUGACCACACCGCCAUGGCGUUGGAGCUUGGUUUAGAACAUCAGUACCGCGCACUUUUUUAGAAGGCAGCGUGUGUACAAUGACCUCUAGGGCUGCUGUCGUUCAUUGAUGACUGCGAGGAUUCAGUUGUCGCGA